GGUGCGGCUGACUAGAACAGUGUGCGAGCGACGCGUGUGGAUACUACAGUCCCGCGGUCUGUGCCUUUGCCGGUAGCAGCACCAUGACUCUGGAGGAAGUUCACGGGCAGGAGCCAGUGCCGGAGACGGGUGACAGGAUGCAGGGUGCUGGUAAAGCCCUCCACGAGCUCCUGGUAUCGGCGCAGCGGCGCAGCUGCCUCACGGCUGGUGUCUACGAGUCUGCUAAGCUGAUGAAUGUGGAUCCAGAUAACGUGGCGUUUUGCGUGUUGGCCAUGGAUGAGGAGGAUGAGGGGGACAUUGCCCUGCAGAUCCACUUCACUCUCAUCCAAGCCUUUUGCUGCGAGAAUGACAUUGACAUUGUGCGGCUUAAUGAUACCCCCAAGCUGGCCAAGAUCCUGGGGCCUGGCGAGGACGCGAGUGAGCCCAGAGACCUCCACUGCAUCCUCAUCAUGAACCCCAAUGAGGAUACAUGGAAGGAUCCAGCCCUUGAAAAAUUGAACUUGUUUUGUGAGGAAAGCCGGAAGGUCAAUGACUGGGUGCCCACAAUCACCCUCCCGGAGUGAUGAAUAUCCAGUGCACUAGGAAGGCUGAAACCUUUGUUGCAUUCUUCUCAUGGUGUUGGCUCACCCAGUGUGCAACAAGUUUGCUGAUUCUGUGGAUUAGCCUGGUCAAGAGAUUGGAUUGAGUCUCUCAAACUGGCACCAAGUGGGCUCUUGUGGAGAGAAGAGAAGGAGGAUGGCUCGUGCCAGCAGGUUGGCCCCACUGUGCAGUGGGGCUAGUGGAGGGGCUGGCAUACCGUGGAGCUGAAGGAAGUACUGCAAGUUUCCAGGAGCUGAAAAAAAAUGCAAGCUUCAGGGUCGAGUGGAACUGUUCCAGAAGGCAGGACAGAAGGUUGGGAAUUGGA